AUGAAGCUUUUGAUCAUUUUCUCAUUCUUCGCUGCUUCUUCAGCUUUCCUUUUCCCAUUUCUUGGUGGCGGACUUGGUGCUGGAAACUGUGGUUGUGGCGGUUUCCAACAAAAUUCCUAUCUUCAACAACCGUCUUAUCAAUCUGCCCCUUCAUAUUAUUCAGUUCCACCGCCACUUCUCCCUUCACCUCCACAACAAUAUUAUAAUCCAAUUCCAAGAUAUAUUUCUUCACCAAUUUCACCACCUCCACCAACACCAAUUCUCAAGGAUGGAAGUUAUUUGAUGCCAACCGAAGUUGAACUUCCAAGUUCACCAACUGUCAUAACUGCACCAGUUUCGAAAGUUGUCGUAACUCCAAGUGUUGCUGCUGCAACAAUUGUCAAAGCUGUUGAAACUCCAGCGGGUGUUGAUGAAUAUCAAAAUGAUGAAGAGUUGGAUAAAACUCUUGCCGAUUUAUUGGAAUAA